AUCAUUGGUACCUCUGUGGCAUGAUUUCGUAAUAUUGUUUCAACAAAAUAUACUAUAUUCGUUCAAGUCCCUUCAAAAUUGUGUCGUACUCUCAUUCGGAUAAAGGCCUCUCUCGUGUCUGCACUUCUAACGAAUAAUCUGUUGUUGAUAUUUUUGUUUCGUCAAUCCGUGAAACGAUGGCUAAUGCUGCUGCUAAACGAAUGGAAUUGCCUUGGCGUGAGCCCAUGGAUCCCAGGAAAUUGGAGACAUGGUAUAACGAGAACAUCCAACACGGGACCGAGGAGUUCGACAGAGAUUGCCGUCGUGCCGUGGACGAGGUAGUAAGGUCAGUCCAUAGAAUGUGCUCCUCGAAUGGUCUCCUGUUUGACGUGAGCAAGGUGAUAAAGGGUGGCUCACUCGGUAAAGGCACCAUGGUCAAGGAUCUCUCUGAUGUGGACCUUGUCGCCUUCAUCAACCCGCCCCACCUGAGAUCUAUCGUGGAACUGGGCCCAGUGGUCUACCGACAGAAGCUCGCUGGGAUCAUCCGGGAUCUGGAAGCGGCUCUGAAACGACUCCCCUUCGUGGACUCGAGGAGCGUAACCAGUAACGCGUUCCUUGUCAACUUCACCAUCAGAAACCUGGGCCCUAGAAAACGGUCCCUGGGAGUGGAUCUGCUGCCGACUGCCGACAACUGCUACGGGCAUGGCCGAGCUCAUGCCGACAUGUUCAGGGCCAUGCUGCAGCUGCCCAACGGCUACGACCGGGAGUUCUACUCUGCCUCACUGGUCGAGCACCAGCUGCAGUUCAUGGAGCGAAUACCCGGCCACGUCAAAGCCCUGAUCCGCUUGGUGAAGUACUGGGCUUACGAGUGCCUCCCGGACACGCUGCACAAGUCCUACCCGCUGGAGUUGAUCACCGUCUACCGCUGGGAGAACGCUGGUAAGCCCGAGCGCAUCAGCAAGGCCCAGGGGCUGAAGGACGUGCUUCAGGUACUGACCAACUUGAGAGGUUUGCGGCACUACUGGGCGUACCUCUACGACGCUGCACUGGCGAAUCAGACCAUCACUCAGCUCGGCUAUAUCAAUCCAAUAGUUUUGGACCCAGCCAAUCCAACCAACAACGCGUGCUGGGUUUACCAGAAGGGCAACAAUAUCAUAAUGAUUGAGGAAGCUGCCCGUGCCACCCUGAAGUUCAAUCUUCUCAAGGACGUCGUUGUCUCUGCCAACUGGAAAGGUUAAAUAGCGACCAAUAAUCGCCGGAAAAAGAAAGAGAGAAAGAAAAGCCGGAACAAUUCUAAAAUGGUGACCGGGUUUUUAGCUG